AUGAAUCAAACAUGCUACCAUUUAGCGUAUAUUCAUUUGAGUGGUAAAGAGCUAGAUGAUACAUUAUCUUUACUUCGACAUUAUGGUAGUGAUGACGAUGAAUAUACGUUAGACUUAAAUGGUAAACGUCCACAAGAAUAUCGAAAAGAAUUCUUACAUUACGAUAUAAAAUAUUUACAACAAUUAGUUCCUAAAACAUGA